AUGCUGAACAAGGAGGACUACCUAAUUUCCCUCUUUGACAUAGUUGAAGGGUUCAACAAUUACUGUGCAUUGUACAAGAAGAAACACUGCAGCAGUUUUAUUUUUUCUAGUAAGGUUCUCACGAAAAAUGAGAGAAGUAAGGAUACACAAGAUUUUAAAAAGGCCUUUAGCAGCUUCCUAAGUAAUAUAGAAUUUUUACAUUUUCACAUUGUGCAAAAAGGCGGUCCGUAUGAGAAUGUCCAAAGUGCAUGUAUAGAACGGGAUGACUGCAAAAGUGAGGAACUUCAGGGAGAAAUGUCUCAUAAGGAGAAAAAUGCUCGUUGUGGAGAGCAAGCCAAAAAUAUAUUCCCGCCAAAUGAAUAUCCCCAAAAUGGCACACAUUCGAGCAAUGAAGUUAAGCAGCACGAUGGGGGUGAAAGCAAAGUAGACGAAAUGGCAGAAGCGGCGAAUGUUCAGGGAACGGAAAAAACAAAUGAGGAGAAUCAUAGAAAAAGUUCAGGUCAGACAGACUGCUUCUAUUUGAACGAUAUAGAAAGGAAAGGUAGAAAUGAAAACUACUCGUUUGGAGCCCAUUUGUCACAGUCCGAUUUCAGCGACACGGUUGAUUCACAAAACAGCACAGAUCUGUACGACGAAAAUAGGGACCUAAUACUUAGCCAAAGAAAUGAAAUGCUAAUCAGAUACGUCGCAGGGUUAGAUUAUGCGCUAAAUGUCAGGAGAGUGUCCAAAGAAAUGUUAAUAGAUGAAAUUAAAAAAUUUUUUAAAGUGCAUAAUAGGAACGUUAGAUUAGGCGAAUACUCCUCCUUUUUAAAUGAAGAAACGAUGAUUAUGUUAAGGAGGAGGGUCCAAAAUGAUGACGACAAUAUGGAUGAUUACGGUGUCCAUGAUUAUGAUGAUGGUGAUUAUUUAAAUGUGGAGAGAAAUUACCGACGUAAAUAUAAAAAAACAACCUUCUUUUUCUCCAUCCCUGGGAACUAUUUCUUUAUAAAAAAUUAUGAUGACCAAAGUAGGGACACCUUUCCCCCCAACAACUAUGCCAACCAUGACCGAAGCUUAAAUGACAUUACCCUAUACACACUGUCGAAUAAUUCGUCAAAUAUAAACAGAAACAAUUGCAAUUUGUAUACAGACAAUGUACUAAGUAGAAAUAGCUCUUAUAACAAAUUCAGCUCACCAACAUUUGGAAUGGAAAUAGAACGGCACAUGUCUCCUAACUUUGGUACCAUGGAGGAGGAAAGCAAAAGUGCAAACGCUGCGUGUAAUCAAUUUGACAGCAGUUCCUAUGCACCUAAUGAAGAAACAGACAAUGCCUGCUUGACACCCAGUUUGAAUAGUAGCCCGAAAUAUGAAAACGAUAUAAAAUUGAACAAUUCGGAAAGAUACAUCCCAGAAAAGGAUAAUCAUGUAAACGAUUCUUCCCCUCAUAGCAGUGGCAGUUACAGAAAUCAUGAGCCAAUUGGCAAAAGUGCUACCAAUAAAUGGGAGAAGAACCAUAUGUAUGAGAUUGACAGCGUACAGAAGAAAAAAAAUAACCUACAUAGCAACACGACCGAUUUUUAUCAAAGUAUAAGUGACUUUUACAAAAGUAAGGAAAAUGGUAAUAACUCCUGCGAGGAAGGGAGCAACACCUGCAUGAAGAAUAGCUGCCUCUUUUUGAAUAGCAAUGAAACGAGCGUACAAACCAAAAAUGAAAGUUAUCAAGAAAACGAGGAGAACAUAAUUAACCUAUUCUUUGAUGAUGAAUUGUCAAGCGCCCUAACUAUAAAUAAUGAAUCAUCUUUGAGUAAAGGAGUACACAACUGCAAUAGGCAACUCUUCCAUGAUAAGGAUAGCCCAGAUGUAGACGGGGGUAUAUUUCAGCACAGUAAUAAGGAUGUAACAAGUGAGAACAACCAUCCUGUUCGUGUGGAGCAAGCAGUAAAAUACGAGAGGGAUGAGCGCAAGUGGAUGGAUGAAUACUGCGAGGGCGAUUACAAUAUGUUUAGGUCAGAACAAAUCAGGAAAAAAAAAGAGCUAACACAUGGGCUGUCAAAUGGGAUAUUCCGUAAAGAGGAAACGGAAAAGGGAUCCCAAGAAGAAGAACAAAAGAACGUUAAUACGGACCGAGUUACCAUUUGCCAUAAGGCCCCCCACGUUGGAAGUAACCAUCACAGUGACCUUACCAGUGUUGAACAAAAUUCUUGUGACAACAUGUAUAAUGGAAUUAACCUAAGGAUCAUAUACGAAAGGAAUAAAGGCGAACUGAAUUCCAAAGGGGAAAUCCACUUUUUCCCGGGUCAGCUAAUUUUAAAUAAAUAUAAAGUGGUAAAAAUUUUGUCCAAAACGAAGUUCAGCACCACGGUUAAGUGUUUAAAUGUGCUAUACAGGAAAGGGGAAGGGGGGGGUGGUAUUCAUCGAGGAGAUAAUUGGAAGAAGAAUUACCCUCGAGAAUGUUCAAGAGAACAAACAAGUGAUUCCUUAGUGAUUAGCAGAUCUACCAUUUUAGAAGAUUCGACAGGGAAAAGGAUUCCAUGUAGAAAACUCCAGGAAAGACAAGAAAUUUUCUCCUCCAAUGGUGAACCCCUCUUAGGAGCCCAAAAUGCAAAUCAUAAAAUGUGCAAAUACGUCUGCUUAAAAGUAAUGAAAAAUGGAAAGAGCUUCUUAGACCAAGGAUUGUUCGAAUUGAUCGUUCUGAACAUGUUAUCGAAUGAAAGUAGCGACUCCCAAAAAAAUGGAGAUGGAAAUAUAUACACAAAUGAAAACAUUAUACAACUGUAUGAUUACUUCUACUUCAAAGAGCAUCUAAUCAUAGUGACGGAAUACAUGCAGAGCGAUUUGUAUAAUUAUUUUAUUAAAAAGGGUAAGAUAGGGACUCUAGGACAGCUACAAAUAUUAGCGAAGAACUUGCUGCAAGGCUUGGCGUUUAUCCAUUCGAAAAAUUUAAUACACUGCGAUUUGAAGCCUGAAAAUAUUAUGAUAAACAUGAAAAGGAGGAAGAAAAAAGUGAAGGCAGUAGGCAAAGGGGGUCUCUUAGGAAAAGGUUCCGACUCAGGUUUAGUAACGUUGGGUAGUACACAUUGCAGCAAUUCCUCCAUGCGUGACAAUGUAUUUGUGAAGGAAAAGGAUAAAUUCUCCUUUGAAGCUAGUUUGAAGGAUAAACCAAGUAGCAGUGGCAGUGGCAGUGGCAGUACGGAGGCUGUCGAUAAGGCACACAUUUUUAGCAACGAAAAAUUUGAAAAAAUAAAAAUAAUAGACUUUAAUAGUUCCAUAUACGAAAGCGACAAGCUAGAAAUGUACGUGCAAACGAGGUCGUAUAGAUCUCCAGAAGUUUUACUACAAGAAAAUUACGACAAAAAAAUUGAUAUAUGGAGCUUAGGCUGCAUAUUAUUCGAAUUCUUAACGAAGAAAAUUCUAUUUGAUCAUCAAAAUAUAUAUCGAUUUAUAUACUCUAUAGCGUCUUACAUCGGGCCCUUUCCAUUUUAUAUGAUAAAGGGUUGCCGCAUACCAUACCUUUUCACAAAGCACGGAUUAAUAAUUUUGAAAAAAAUAAGUGUUGACAAAGGUUACAGUAAUAGCAUUAAGGAAGAACCACUUGAUGAGGUGGAUGACGAAUCGGUCAUGUUUAACUCAAAAGAUUUCUUCCGCUUAAAUAAAAAAGAAAACAACACAAAUGAUUUAUUAAAAGAUGCGCACGCAAAUCAGGGUUCGCAGUACUCGUCAAAAUUAAGUAAAGAAAUUUAUUAUGAUGUUUGCUACCCAAGUGACAAUCUGCUGAAGCGUAAUUUUCAAAUUGAAGACACAUUGUUUUUAGAUUUUCUCUUAUCACUACUGCAAAUUGAUCCAUGUAAACGGCCCAAUGCUAAUGAAGCGUUGAAACAUCCUUGGCUAAAGCCGAACACUUACCAUGACGGGUUAUGA